AUGCGGAGGGAGGAUAGGUGCGCAGGGCUAGCGCCGGUAUGCCUUCUGCUCACGCGUAGGGCACAAAGCGUGUGCAAAAGCGGCGAAGUAACAACGACGAGGAGGAGGACAACGGCUGAUCCCGUAGAAACAGCGGUGUCGUGGGAAACUGUCUGGUCGUUCUCGGCAGCUACUGGCCUCCACCGCCACAGCUAUUGCGCAAGAAACGCCGUCUGAGGAGUAGGAGGAGGGUGGAGAGGAGGAGGAAGAGGACAGCAGACAUAGGUACACACACACGCACACACACACCCACACGAACACUUAAAAACACGCGCACGUACAAUUAGCUAUCGACAAAUUAACGCUCGCCCAGUUCGCGCACUUGAUUUCGCAUCUCGACGGUCACAUGCGGCACAUACCGCCUCAGCGGCGAAGUGAAACCUACGGGCACACGCACUGUGUGCUGCCCACAGCACGUAAGUACACUCAGUUCGGGGGGUGAGAUAGGAAAGGGGAAGAGGGCGCGCCCACGCACGUUUCACAUUGGUUUCAGCGAGGCUGGGGUGCUGGUGACGCUGUCCUCGCAACAGCGUGGCUAGGCGACGGUACAGCAGCAGCAGCAGCAGCAGCAGCAGCAGCAGCAGCAGCAGCAGCAGCAGCAGCAGCAGCAGCAGCAGCAGCAGCAGCAGCAGCAGCAGCAGCAGCAGCAGCAGCAGCAGCAGCGGCAGCAGCAGCAGCAGCAGCAGGAGCAGCAGCGGCAGCAGCAGCAGAUCACGUGGGCAAAGCAACACCGGCACUUACGGUCGCCCCAUCGGUAG